UUUCGUUUCCAACGUCGAUCGUUGCAGACCAUUCUCUCUCUCUCUCUGUGUGUGUCUCGCUCUGUCUUUCUCUCUCUCUCUCUCUCUCUAUAUAUAUAUAUAUAUACAUACACACGCGCACGCUUCUCUUCGUUCUGUACUCACUGCACUGCGACGCCGUUUUUUCUCUUCCGCCGCCGUGUGUUGGUGGAUUACACCUGCGUUCAUGGAGUUUGAUACUCGUGUUACCCCUGUUAAUAACAAUGAGAACAACGAUUCAGGAACACAACCCAAUAAGCGUAAGAGAAAGAAGUCUAUUGUGUGGGAAUAUUUCACAGUGGAAACUGUUGGAGCUGGAUGUACCAGGGCUUACUGUAAACAGUGCAAAAAAUCAUUUUCUUAUAUAACUGAUUCAAAGUUAGCUGGCACAAGUCAUCUGAAAAGACACAUUUCUUUGGGAAUCUGUCAAGUAAUUCGGCAGAAAAAUCAACAAAGCCCAUAUCCCAAAAUUGGUGGUUCUCAAGACACUAACAAUCAACCUAAGAAACGACCAAGAGCAACACCUGGGUUUGCUGGUAAUGGUAACUCAUUUAAUCAAGAGCGUUGUAACCUUGACAUUGCUAAAAUGAUAAUUUUACAUGAUUAUCCUCUUAAUAUUGUGGAAGACCAGGGUUUCAAUGAUUUUGUGCGUACUCUUCAACCCCAGUUCAAUCCUCCAUGUUUUAAUUCUGUUGAACAGGAUUGUGUUGCUAUGUAUCUCAGAGAGAAGCAAAACCUGUUGAAUCUUAUUAAUGGGAUUACUGGACAAGUCAACCUGACAUUGGACUUUUGGACUUCAAACCGGGCAAUGAGCUAUGUUUUUAUUCGAGGACACUUCAUUGAUUGUGAUUGGAACUUACAUCAUCCUCUUCUCAAUGUUGUUAUGGUACCAUUUCCUGAUUUGGAUGAUUCCUUCAGUCAAACUAUAAUGACCUGCUUAUCUGAUUGGCAUUUGGAGGGUCAGCUAUUUACCCUUGCACUCCAUAAAUCCUUCUCUAGUGAGACUGUGAUGGGAAAUCUGAGAGGUCUUCUCACUGUUAAGAACCCUGGGGUCCUCAAUGGUCAGUUAUUAAACCAGAACUGUUAUGCUCGUGUUCUUAGUCGCCUUGCAGUAGAUGCACUGCAGGCAAUGAGAGGAACUGUUGGCAAAGUUCGUGAGAGUGUGAAGUAUGUGAAAUCUUCAGAGUCUCACGAAGAGAAGUUUAUGAAGCUGAAGCAACAACUACAGGUACCAAGUAUGAUGGACCUUUUAAUUGAUGACCAGAGUAAAUGGGACACAACUUACCGUAUGCUAGUAGCUGCCUGUGAAUUAAAGGAAGUCUUUGCUUGCUUUGAUACCACCGAUCCUGAUUACAGAAUGGCUCUAACUAUGGAUGAGUGGAAGCGGGUUGAAAUUCUCUGCACAUGUUUGAAGUAUUUGUAUGAUGCAGCUACAAUUUUAACUGCUCAACCAUUCCCGACUGCAAACUUAUUUUUUCAUGAAGUGUCAAAACUUCAGGUGGAGUUGACUCAUGCUGCCUUAAGCCAGGAUCCUUUCCUUAGUAGUUUGAUUUUGCCUUUGCACGAGAAGUUUGAUCAAUAUUGGAGAGAAAGUUGCCUUGUCUUGGCAAUUGCUGUAGCCAUGGACCCAAGACAUAAAAUGAAACUUGUGGAAUUCACCUUUGCUAAGAUAUUUGGCAAGAAUGCUGAGCCAUGGAUAAGAAUAGUCGAGGAUGGUCUUCGUGAACUAUUCAUUGAAUAUAACACCCUAAUGCUUCCUUUUACAGCAACAAAUGGUGACGAAGGGGAUGAGUUUACCAUAAAGACAGAUCCAUGUCAAGAAGGGUCACUUGAUGGUUCUAUUUUUGUUGAUGAAGAUGGAUUUUCCGACUAUGAAUUUUACAUAUCUGAUUUUACUGGUAACCAGCAAUUUAAGUCAGAACUGGAUGAGUAUUUGGAAGAACCUCUGCAGCCCAGAGUACAAGAAUUUGAUAUUCUGAGCUGGUGGAAAGUAAAUGGAUUUAAGUACCCAACAUUGUCUAGAAUUGCAUCUGAUGUUUUGUCUAUACCAGUAUCCACACUGUCUGCGGAUUCUGUUUUUAACACAGAAAUUAGAAAAAUGGAUAACCACCGGAGCUCGUUAGGCUCCCUGACUCUUGAGGCCCUUAUUUGUGCCAAGGACUGGUUCAAAUAUGAAUCCAUACCUAUAGAUGUUUCAAAUGCACUUGUGAAAAUGGAAUUUUAGGUAUAGCUUCUUCAUGUAGGGAUAGAUUCUCAAGUAGAUCUUAGGUAUAUUUUAAGUCUUGAAACCGUGAUUCAGGUCAAUUAAUUUGUGUGAUUAAUUGUCCGA